GGAAGACUUGUGGAAAAUUUCCAAGAAAAGUCGGCAACUGCAAGACGAUGAUGCAGCAGAGCAGCAGCAGAGGACACGGAGGUGUUGGCGAUGCUGCGUCAUGUGUGGCUUUGCAGCGCGUUCGACAGUUUCCCCAUGUGGAAGGGCAAUGGCCCACUUUUGCCUGCUUAAGACUACACGAUGGGGAGGAAGAGGAAGACGUGCUGGAAGCUGCCAUGGAGGUUGCGCAGUGCAUCACGGACACCAUGAAAGUCAAAGCGGUACCUUGUGAAGACGUGCAUGUGAGUCUGUCGAGGACAUUUACGCUACAGCUGGGGGAAAUUGACAGCUUUGUCUCCCAGGUACGCCAGGCCGUUGCGUCUGUACCAGCGUUUUAUGCUCCCCUCGGCUUUCGUGGGUACGUGAUGUUGAACGAUGAUGGCAGCCGGGCGUUCUUUUGUGUGGGCCUGAAUCAGCGUGUGCCAGCCAUUGAUCUUCUUCUGGAUCGCAUAGAUGAGUGCCUCGCCGCCUUUGCCAAGCCAGCCUUCUACGAGGCUCGUGACAUCCAUGUAUCGCUCGCUUCUUGGGUGAUUCCGCCUGCCCAGCGAAAUGGCCAGCCUCCGCAACUUCCGCCAAACCUUCUCGAUGCCAUCCAGGGCAUCCUACAGACCCACUUGGACGAGCUUGUCAUCCCAGGCGACACGGUCACUGUCCACAGCGGCAACAAGACGUUUCGCUUGCCUCUUCUCCUUCGUUCAAAAAUCCCGGCAUAAAACACAACACAGGCAAAA